AUGAGCUGCAAUUUGACAUGUCCAAACGGGACGGUGAGUAACAGCACUGCUACUGGCACAGGAGCGUGUGUGGAAGGUUUGGGAAUGACGCCACAGGAGUACAACCUGCUUUACGCCAUCUACGCCUGGACGAAUGCUGUGGUGGUCAUCAUGGCGGGAUUCCUCAUUGAUAAGUUGGGAAACCGCUUUGGCGUUUUCCCGUUCUCCUUCCUGACUGUGUUGGGAUCCGCUAUCUUUGCAUUGGGGUCUCAUUAUAAGGGUUCAACGUACCUGUUGCCCCUCAUGCUGACCGGGCGACUUCUGUUUGUUGUCCAAAACCGUAUCACGGCGUUCUGGUUCUGCGGGAAGGAGCUGGCUCUGGCGUUUGGACUGACCCUGGCUUUCUCCCGCUUGGGCUCGGUUCUGAACUUCUUCCUGACGCAGAGGUUUGAGUCUCAGUACGGUAUGCAGUGGACACUGUGGGGAGGCACGUUCCUGUGUGUUCUUGGCUUCCUGUCGGCUGUAACAGUCAGCGUUCUGGAUAAGAUGGGCAUGAAGCAGCUGGGAUUGGAUGGAGUGAUUCAGGAGGAGUCACGUAAACUGAGAGUUCAGGAUGUGAAGCGUCUGUCUCUCAGAUACUGGCUGCUGGUUCUUACCAUCAUGUUGUUUUAUAAUGGCAUCUUCCCCUUCAUCGCUGAUGCCAGUAAGUUUAUCCAGGAUAAAUACAGUGGAUACAGCCAGAAGGAGGCGGCGUACAUCGCAGGCACUGUGUAUGACAGUUCACUGGUGCUGUCUGCUGUUGUCGGCAUCCUCAUUGACUAUGUGGGGCUGCGCGGUGUGUUUGCGGGGCUCUGUGCCGUAUUGACGCUGUGUUUGGUCUGCUGGCCUUCACAUUCGUCCCUCCUCUCAUAUCAACCAUCUGGCUCGGCAUCACUUACUCAUUUGCUGCUGCGAGCAUGUGGCCCUCCGUCCCUCUGGCGGUUCCUCAAGCCACACUGGGCACAGCGAUGGGACUGGCCACAUCCAUACAGAUGGUCGGCAUCGGCAUCUCUAACCUGGUGGUGGGACAGAUACUGGGAACCAAGUCCAGUGAUGUUAAGAUCCCGCUGUGGACAUGGCAAUAUAUGAUGAUCUUCAUGCUGGCCAAUACAAUCAUCUGCAUAAUCACCUCUACCAUACUCAACAUUGUUGACUACAGACAGGGAAGCAUUCUGAAUAAGACGACUAAGAGAUCACAGAGAACCGCUGAUGAAUGAAGAGGACAACGAGGAGAUAAACGACGCUCCCUCCAUCAACAGGACAUA